AUGCUCAGCCUAACAGAAUUGGUUCGUGAAAUACCUGCUACCGAAGAAGACUCGCCCGAAGACAUCUUUGCAUCCGCGCCAGGAUUUUUAUUCACCGACGACCUUCGCAACCAGCAUGGUGAUCCAGGCUCCAUCAUUAUUUACAAGAGCCAACGUUUCGGCGACAUCUCAUUGACGACCGCCGACCCCAAUGGAGAGGAAGAACGAACACUAUUCAGCCAUUACCUCUGGAAUGCCGGGAUUUUGUUGGCCGAGAGGGUCAGUGGUCAACGACUAUUGAAUGAUGAGGAAGAAAAGCAAUGGAGCGUCCAAGGACACAAUGUGCUUGAACUCGGUGCAGGCGUAGGACUUGUUGGUAUUGCUAGUACUCUUGCUGGCGCUAGCGACGUGUACAUUUCAGACUAUCCAGCCCAAGUUGUACUUGACAAUAUCAAGCGCAACGUCAAGCAGAAUGUACCAGAGUCGCUUGCAUCCAAGGCAACAGUACAAGGCCAUGCAUGGGGUGUCUUGGAUGACGAUUUUGCCAAAGCACAUGCUCACAAGUUCAGUCGAGUCUUAGCAGCAGACUGCUUCUGGAUGCCGUGGCAGCAUGAGAACCUGGCAAUGUCAAUGCUACACUUUCUUUCGGACGACCCAGAUGCGCGUGUGCUUGCCAUUGGAGGCUUUCAUACUGGUCGAGCAAAACUGGCAGCCUUUUUUGACGUAGCCACGGAAAAGGGACUCGAAGUACAAGAAAUUUACGAAGAGGAUGCUGAAGGCACUAGAAGAGAAUGGCUAAAAGAAAAGGAUGGAGGAAGGGAGAAUGUCACGGAGCGCAAGAAGUGGCUCACCAUUGCCAUUCUACGGCGUAGGCAGGAGUAG